AUGUUGGAAGCCCACAUGUCAUGGACUCCACUACUGUUGACAUUUGCCAACUCACCACCUAAAUAUGUUGCAAUCAGUCGAAGAGGCAUGAAGAAGUCCAAGCAAGCAAAGGCAUCAGAGCAUGAAGAUGGUGUUGAUAUGAUCAGUAACUUACCGGAUCCCAUUCUUCACUUCCAACUACUGAAGAAUAUAUCUACAGUAUAUCAGUGGAUUGAAGCCGCCGUUUUGAGAAACAUCAAACAACUUCACUUGUCGUUUUGCUCUGAGGAUUUGUUUAAACACAUCGAGUUGCCCCAUUGUCUGGUGACCUGUGAUUCGUUACAGGUAUUGCGGGUGUUUUUGUAUGAACAAAGGCGUUUCAUUUUGCCUAAUUUUACAGGGUUUCAGUCACUUAGGGUUCUCGAGUUGAAAAAUGUUGAGUUAUACAAAGAUUAUUUAGUAAAAAAUUUCCUUGAAAGCUUGCCAUUGCUUGAGGAUCUGAGUUUGAUAGACUGUGCGAUAAACAAACUCCAAAUUCUUUAUAUUUCAUGUCCGAAGCUCAAGAAUCUCAGACUCGAUAACAGGAAUUUAUUCUCUUUUGAAGACUUGUAUGAUGUUGACUUUCUCUGUGAUUGCAUAAAGAUUGUUUGCCCAAAACUGUUGUUUUUUGAGUUUAGAGCUUUUUUAGCUCUCAAGUAUAUCUUUAGAAGUCUGGGUUUAGUGAAGAAAGCUGUGAUUCAUCCUGAAGAGUUUCCAUCUGAAUGUAUGGACUACAUGUUUCGGGGAAACUGUUCUUUAGAAUCUUUGUCCACCAGUAUUUACAUCCUCUGUUAUUCUCUAUGUCCAUCAGGUGUUCCUGUAUCUUUACCUCAUCUCAAGACAUUGGAGCUAACCAUAGGAAGUGAUACUCCGGUCAUCAGUAAAUUCAUAAGAUUUCUCACACAUCUUCCCCAUUUGGAGUCUCUCCAUUUGAUCAUUGAAGAGAAAUAUAUUUGGUGGGAAGACUGGAAGUUGGAUGAAGCGGAAACGAGGGGAAUCUUGACUCGCCAUCUGAAAAGAGUCGAGUUUCUUAUUUAUUAUAAACAAAAGCAAAUACUAGAUUUAGCACGCUGUUUACUAGAGCAUGGAAAUGCAUUGGAGGAAAUGAUUUUCAGAUGGGAUUGUGAUGAAGCCAAGUUCCAUAAGAAGUCACUGGAGACGAUGGAGGAGGUGUCAAAAUUUCACAAAGCUUCCUCAAAUGUCAAACUCAUUACUCUUAAUGAGAUUAGUUAUUAUCGGUUUUCUGGUAAACCAUAA